AUGGCAACAGAUUCAACAACAUUUCCAGAAGGCGACGCAGAAGCUGAACUAGAUCUUAACCAAAACAAGAAGUUUGAAGUAGAUCCUGUUUCAUCAGAGAUCGCUUCUGAUAAGGCGGAAAAGAUACAAAUUAACAGGGAAAAGAAGGAAAACGCAAAAGCUAGGAGAGACGCGGCGCAAACGCUGAAAAAAACGAUCAUAAUAUCAGCGGUUAUUGUUGCCAUUGCGGGAGCUGCUUUCGCUAUCACCAAGAAAAUGAAAGAGAAAUGA